UUGAGAAAUGUAUUGAGCGGAAACAGGCUGAAUUACUCCAAAAAGCUGGCAGAAGCAGCAGUGGACACACGGGACCAGAACAGACGGGACCAGAACCCAUAAGACCCACUGUCCACACAGCACUGAGGAGAUGGGGGACAAAGCGGGGACCAGAGUCUUUAAGAAGACCAGCCCCAACAGCAAGCUCACAGUUUAUCUGGGGAAGCGUGACUUUGUUGAUCACUUAGACCACGUAGAUCCAGUUGACGGGGUCCUCCUUGUAGACCAAGAGUAUCUGAAAGAUCGAAAAGUGUUUGUGACUCUGACCUGUGCGUUCCGUUACGGCCGGGAGGACCUGGACGUCCUGGGUCUUUCCUUCCGGAAGGAUCUGUACGUCAGCACCGUCCAGGUCUUCCCCCCUCUGCAGGAGACGAAGACGCCUCCAAGCCGCCUGCAGGAGCGGCUGCUGAAAAAGUUGGGUCAGCAUGCCCACCCCUUCCACUUCACUAUCCCCCAGAACCUGCCAUGUUCAGUAACCCUCCAGCCGGGCGCUGAGGACACAGGGAAGGCGUGCGGUGUGGACUAUGAGCUCCGAGCGUUCUGUGCUAAGACUGUGGAGGAGAAGAUCCACCAGAGGAACUCUGUGCAACUGGUGAUCCGGAAGGUCCAGUACGCUCCAGAGAAGCCGGGUCCACAGCCGAUGGUGGAGACUAGUCGUAGCUUCCUGAUGUCCGAUAGAGCUCUGCACCUGGAGGCCUCGCUGGAUAAGGAGCUGUACUACCACGGCGAGCCCAUCAGUGUUAACGUCCACGUCACCAACAACUCCACCAAGAGCGUGAAGAGGGUGAAGAUAUCCGUUCGUCAGUAUGCCGACAUCUGUCUGUUCUCCACGGCCCAGUAUAAGUGUCCAGUUGCCCAGGUGGAAGCAGAUGACCAGGUUUCUCCAAGCUCCACCUCCUGCCAGGUCUACACGCUGACCCCCAUGCUGGGUACCAACAGGGAAAAGAGAGGCCUAGCCCUGGAUGGAAAGCUAAAGCAUGAAGACACCAACCUGGCCUCCAGCACCAUAGUAAAAGAAGGGACCAACAAGGAGAUGAUGGGGAUCCUGGUUUCAUACAGAGUCAAAGUCAAACUGGUGGUGUCUCGUGGAGGGGAUGUAGCAGUGGAACUUCCUUUUGUCCUGAUGCAUCCCAAACCUUUAGACCAGCUCAGCUCCCAACCACAGUCAGAAGCUGCAGAGGCUGCUACCGUGGAUACAAACCUCAUAGAGUUUGAGAUGAACACUUCCUCUCAGGUUGAUGACUUUGUGUUUGAAGACUUUGCUCGCCUGGGACUAUCAGGGAUGAAGGGUGAGGGCAACCCCUUCUGUUAGCAGGGCGUACCUGGUACAUACAGGACACCUCAACCCCCGGAACCCGAAAACAACAGAGAGCCUACUGAGUUCUGCCACAUUUUAAUUGCACCAUUUAUUCUGUAUAGGUAAUUGGAUGUAUCUCAUACUGGUUGUACGUUGGUGUAAAAAGAGAGGAAACGGUCUGACUCAGGUAACUAAAGUGUCAAUUUAGCGAGAGUUUAACUAAGUAAGGCUACAGUGAGAUAGUGUUGCAGGAAGGGCUGCUGCUUAAGCUGCUCUGCUGAUAUCAGUAUUAUACACGCUGCCGUGAUUCAGGAAUUAUAAUUCUAAAAACUUUAAACAAAGGGUUAAAAAUGGUAUUUUUAUAUUGAUGAUAGGUCAGCUGUUGAUUUCAAGGGAAUCUCUAAUUUUUACUGCUUCCUAUUGAUUUAGCCUUAGCCUCAUUAUAUAAUGAAAUAAAUCAAAAAGCAUUUGGAGCAGAUCAAGCUGGAGGGUAUAGUUGAAUAAAGAGGAGUGAUUUUAUAUAUUUUUUUGUAUGUUGUGUAAUAUCAUUGGGGUGAACUAACAGUGAUUUAAACGUUUGUUUUGUGUCUGUUGAAUAGCCAGGGGUUGUUUUUAAAUAUAGCUUUGGUGUGAGACCAACAGUGGUGGAAUGUAAGUUAUUUUACUCAAGUACUUUUUGAAAUACUUGUACUUUACUUGGGUAUUUCCAUUUUUGUUACUUUAUUCUUCUACUCCACUACAUUUCAGAGGCAAAUACUACACUUUUUACUCCAGUACAUUUAUUUGACGCUCAUAGUUACUUUGUAUGAAAAAAAACACAUAUAUGCUGAUAUAAUAUGAUGCAGUAUUAUACUACAAAUCUAGCCAGUAAUACAAAGUAAGUGAGUAGUAUUGGCUCCACAGAGGCAAACUUCAAGAUUAUGCUUGUACAUGUAUUUGAUGUAUUUUGAUAGUGAUACAAAGAGAAUAACACCAUUUUUCUAUGAUAAUACUACACUUUAAAGGAGCCAUUCUGCAUAAUGAGUAUGUUUACUUUUGAUACUUUAGGUAUAUUUCGCUCAUACUUUUUGUACUUUUACUUAAAGGCACAAUGAGUAAGAUUUGUCAGGUGUGGUUUGUAAACACAACAUUACGUUACCCUUUAAGUAACAAUUUCAAUUCAGGUGUUGUAAUGGAGUAUUUUUUAGAGUAUGGACUUUUACCAAGUAAAGUAUCUGAGUACUUCUUUCCCCACUGGAGAUUAGCUCUUCUUCAGUGCACCUUUACACAACAUGCUAUUAUCAGUGCUACCACUGUAAAGUUACUAUGUUUUUUUUUGCUGGUCCAAAAUUGUAAAAAGACAACAACUUCUCAGCGCUCUCUGGUUGACUAAGUGUGUAAUAGCCCAACUGUUUCUACAUUACCUCAAAAAUGUCUGGCAUUUCAUUCCUCGAUACUUAUUGGCCAAUAUUUAAAUGGACAGUGUUAUCUAUGAUGAGCUGAUAUCUGCUUUAUCGUCUGGACUAUAAUCUCUUGUAAUCAUUCCUUGUGUGAAAUUGUUAUUCAGUCUUUCCCACAGAACAGAAGAGGCAUGAUUUUAUUUUAUGAAAAACUUUUUUUUCCCCCAUGAAGAUGUAAACGUAAGCUAUUUAAGUGUAAAUCACCACAGCUAUAAUCAUUCCAAUUUAACCUGAGAUGAAUAAAACACUUUCACAUGUAAUUUGAUGACUUAGAACAUAUUACAAAAUCCUGUGUUGGAUUUGUUUUACUCAAUAAAAUGAAAUUAUAUGUAC